AUGGAUCAGCUGCUGGCGGCGACCAAGCAGUGGCUCGAUGAAGGAGUUUCUAGCAAAGGAGCAGACAUUGCAAAAUUAUCUACAUCAAUUGAGCAAAGAGGCUCGCCUUCGGAAAGUGUCAUCUGGCGAUGCGUUGAUGUGCUGCUAGAGUUACAGUCGUUCACCGACGGGAAACAAGAGAUCAUCAAAAUUGCGUUGGAAGAUAUGAAAACGGUGUCUACACUUAUGCGAGUUAUAGCUUGUUACGGCAUAUAUCCUUGUGUAGAUGCUGGUGUUGGGCCGCCAAUGGAAUCCAGAACUGAAUGGGCAGUUUUGAAAAACCCCGAAGAAUUCUCAAGUGACUUUUUAGAACGGCUGCUCACCAAACUACUGAAUAUCUUACGGAAAAAGGACGAUCUUGCGGAUAUAAUACUAAUCGGACCUUAUACUGUUGACAUUAUCACUGGAUCAUUGCGUUACGAUGCCAUUUUCGAAGGGUUGAGCGAUCUUUUGCCAACUUACACACUUUAUCAACUUUACACCGGUAUUCUCCCCUACGGGCCAUCAUGGGUACAACAGAAGCUGUCACAUUCACUCGCAGUACUACCGUUGAAACGUAGUGAUGCAGUGAGAGCAUUGAUUGAGUUUCUCACCGGCUUUCGUGAGUCUGAGCAUGUCAACACGAGCCGGCUAACUCACGUUACCCAAGUUCUUUGCUCAAUUCCAAAAAACACCAAGCCCAAAGAUUAUAUUGGUGCUAUUGGGGUACAGAUAUUCAAUCUUUUGGCAUCAGUCGAUAUGCCUCCUGAAAUCACUGCGGCGGUGGUGAGAGUUACGGCUGAUCUCUCUGAAACACGACCUCAGAUGCUAGGAGCAUUAAGAGACAGAAUAGUCGAACCUUUUAUCAAGCCAUCCGCGGAAUUAGAGCCUUCGUUAGUGGUCCUCAUGAAUUUGGUAUCGAGGAAGAGCGAUUUUGUUGGUUAUUUAGCCGAGAAAUUAGCGUUGCAUGUGUGGGCUUUGCUAGCGUAUCUUUCAGAGUCCAAACGCCCCAAUGGAUCCACGCUGCAAUUAGUCGUUGGUCUUAUCAACUUGAAAGAUGACGGUACGAUUGCCGAUUCAAUUGCCAGAUCACUGGGUCAAACAGUUGUCGAUGGUAUCACAUUUGGACCUUCCUCGAGUGGCAGUGUUGAAACGCGACAAAGCGAUGGAAACAGCCCUGAGUUAACCAUGGAAGCAUUAAGCUUUCGUAUCAAUCUUUUCUUGACCGUCUUGAACAAAGUCCAGGGGAAGAUUGUGAGUUCUUUGUUCUCGCACAUCAUAAAAAGGUAUACUGCAUCGUCAAGAAGGGAUGCAUUGAGCAUCUGGUCAGACCUGAAACUUUUGGAAGGUAUUUCAUCGGAACUUCGAGCGAAACUCUUUGAGAAACCGAAUGAGAUUGUGGACCUGACUUUCGGUAUUAUCGACGGUGCUGUUGAGAAGCAACUUGCCCCACAAGUUCUCGAUGUCCAGAGUCUAGGCGUUGCCCUAGAUGGCGACAGCGACGAUGAAGAGGACGACGAAGAAGAACAGGACAAUGGUGAUCUUGUCGCAUUAGGGCUAUCUCUGCUCAGUAGCAUUAUUCUCGAGGCGUUCUCCAAAAAGAAGCUCAUGCGAAAGAUCGGCGGUCACAGGGAACAAAUCGAAGUGUUGACGAAAUCUACAAACCGGAAUAUCCGAGAAAAGUCUUCUCAAUGCAUAGAGCUACUUGACACAAUCGCGUCAGAGGCCGAGAUCUCUUUAGGAGACGAGGACACUGACUUUGAAAACUCCGCAGCGUUGCUUAAAACUGCGAGGGAAUCUCUAGCAAACCCGUUGAUUCCUGUUCGUGCACAUGGGCUUACAUUAAUUUCAGAGCUGAUCAAGCGGCAGGACAAUACUAUAUCACUCGAUGAGGCCAUGUCGAUCAUGCUGAGGGAAAUUCAAGAUGACGAUUCAUUUAUUUAUUUGAACGCUAUCAGAGGCCUAGAAGCCUGCAGUGCAUUUGUGGGCCCAGGACCCGUUCUUCGAAGACUCGCUACCCACAAAUCUACACAAUUGGAUGUGGUUCUGAGAAAACGUGAAGCGAUGACCCGUAUAGUGCAACUAUUUGGGCCCACCUGUCAACAAGAGGACCUGAGGUUUUUGGCUGAUUACUUUUUGGCACAGUCUCGACCAGACCCCCAAGUUGACGAUCGCUUGAGGAUGUCCGCUAUCUCAAUCCUUGGACUGCUUAUACAAGGAGCUCCAUUAAGCCUGACAACCGAUCAAGAGGGCCAGGUCGCAGACUUGGUUCUCGGUGUGUUGACACAUGAACGAAGUGACGAGCAGGCUAUCGUGCGAAGAAGUGCCAUUGUGCUACUUCUUGAACUAGUAAAUGCAAAACACCAAGGUGGAUUCAAGAAUCUCUCUGUAUCAACCCUCCAAAGUCUAAAAACACAGCUCGGCGUCGCAGCAAAUGACUCGGACGAGCUUAUUCGCAAAGACGCUCGCGAAUUGAUGGAAUCAUUUUGA